AUGGCUCUCACCAAUGGAGAGACCGUGACUAUUUCCAUCCGUCGCCCAACUGAGACCCCCGCCAUCUACGUUGCGGGGACCUUCUCGAAUCCCAAUUGGGAGCCCUUGGAGCUCAGCGCCAAACCUUUAGAGCACAAGGAUGCGGACGGGAAACCCACUAAGACCGAAUACCUCUUCUCCAGAGACGUUGAAUUGCCCGAGGGUCAAUAUCAGUAUCGGUUCAGGGAGGGUACCGACGGUCCGUGGUUCCACGAUAAGGAUGUGAAGCAUGCUGCGGACGACAAAGGCGUCGUCAACAACAUCCUCACUGUUGGUUCGAGUUCAAUUGCUGCGGCGCCUGGUGCUGAAGCUCAUGCUGUCGAGAAGGAAACCGAAACUCCUCUUGAGAAUGGAGCCAGCGAGAAGGUCGAGGAGACCGCGAAAGAGCCCGGGGUGCAAAGCACAACGACGACCGAGGCGGUGAAGGAUGAAGUGCCAGAGAAGACUGAUGACUCUGUGGUUGUCGAGAAAGAUCUGCACGUGGAGUCGGAACCCGCAACACAGGAGGUGAAGCCGAAGCUUGUCUCCGAGCCAUCCAAGCCGAGCGAUAUCCAUGAGGACGCCGAAACACAACCUGCCUCUAACGCAGCCGCAGAACCUAAGACCAACGGCACACAUUCUUCCGAGCAAAUUUCUGGAUCACAACCUGAUGAUGCUGUUACGGAGAAGGUGGAGCCAGUGGAAGAGAAGGCAGCUGAUUUGACAACUACAAAAGACGUCAAGGCAAACAAGCCUGAAGAGAUCCCCAGCACCUCACUUGAGGCGGAGAAGCCUGAGACAAAGGAGGUCGAGAAGGCUGAGGAUCAGAAACUGCAGGAUCUUGAAAUCGUCCCUGCUACAGUUGAAGAAAAGACGGAAGCCGCUAAAGAAUCAGAAGUGCCAGAGUCAACACUCGAAAAGUCUCAGGAAGAAGCUGCGCCCGCGCAAACAGUGACGGAGGAAGUGCCUCUUGUGGACUCUAAGCCAGUGGAGCUAUCUUCAGCCGAAUCGACAAAGGCCGAGAAGGCCCCUACAAAGAUGACCACUGAUGAGGCGCCACUUGCCGAGAAAUCCUCCGAGAAAACAGUGCCUGCGGAGCCUAUCGCUGAAGAGAAGGUUCAAGCGACCAUCGGGGAUGAGCCGCUCUCCCGGAACAAUGUGGAAGAACAGCCAAAACAGAAGUCUGUCGAGGCGAAUAAGGCGGCCGACGAGGCCGUUCUCGAGGAACCGAUCAAGGAAUCCGCCCCUGAGGAGAUUCCAGAAGAUUCUAGGAAUGCAGUUGUUGCAGACGCCCCGGUCACGGAGUCAUCAACGACGGAAAAGGUCGAAGUAACAGCACCUGACGCUGAGAAGGAGCCCGCUCUUAAGGAAUCUGCCAAGGAACCAAUCCAGGAGGAGAUCCCUGAAGCUUCCGAGAAGGAAGUUGCUGCAGAGACCCCGGUCACAGAGUCAUCGACGACAGAGAAGGUCGAAGUAACAGCACUUGACGCUGAGAAGGAGCCAGCUCUUGAGGAAUCUACUAAGGAACCGAUCCACGAGGAACAAACAAUUGAGACUGUUGUUACUGCAGAAGUGACAGCCGCCAAGGAACCCGAGGCGCAGGCAACGGAGGAGCCAGUUGCUAAUGAAUCCAUCAACAAAGAGGUCGAGGCAACAACGGAGGAGCCUACUGCUGGCCAAGAGUCGGCCAAGGAGCCUAUCAGUAAUGAGACGGCAAUUCGUGUCACCCAGGCUGAUGAAUCAACAAAGGAACUAUCUACCGGAUUUGCAGCCGCAGAGGACAUCACCGGCAAGGGGGCUGAGACACAUACGGAGGUGUCUACCGCUGCGGAAGGACCUGCCAAGGAAUUUGUCAACGACGCAUCUGCUGUAAAAUCUGCUCCAACCGAGGUGACCCAGGAACCAACUAAGGACGAUUCCGCUCAAGUGGUAGUCGCGAAGGAAGCUGAGCCACAGAUAGCUGAAGAAGCUGCUGUUGAGGAGACAUCUGCCGCAAAUCCCGAAGCACCAACGGAAGAGUCCACUACUGCAGAGGAGCCCGCUAAGGAACCAGGCAGCGAGGAAACGCCGUGUCAAACUCUUCCUGCCGCGGAGCCUUCCAAGGAAGCCACAGCUGAAGAGGCUGCAAAAGAAGAGUCCACAAUUGAAACAGUGUCAGAACCUCUCGAAGCAGACGUUAAGGAACCUGCUCAGGAUGAUCCUGCGACUGAAACUCUGACUGAGGACAAGCCGGUCACCCAGGAGUCUGUUGCUGAAGCGGCCCCCAAACCAUCGGAAGUGAGCGAACCAGUAGUCUCAGAAGGUACUGCUAAAACUUCUGCGGUUGAUGAGGCUGAGUCGAGCGAAAAGCCUGCGGUAGUGACCGAGACUAAAGAGCCAGGGUUUGAGGAACACCCCGUUACCCGGGAACUCGCAAAGGAGUCUGAGGUUGAGGCAAGCGACAAAAAGGCUGCUAAGUCCAAGGGCGAAGCUCCUGCUGCUCCCGAGACGCUAGAGGCACCGGCUCCUGAGACGGUCGUUCCUGAACCUGUGAGCGAAUCUCCCGAAACUGAAGCUGUAGCUAAAGAGCCGGCCACGGUUGAAUCGACCCAAGAACCCAUCACGACCACCGGAGAGCAAGCUAAGGGAGAGGUGGCCAUCAACGAGCCCACCGAAGCUACUGCUACCGAGGAAGCAGUUCCUGAGGAAGUAUCUGAGGUAAAGGGAGAAAUUGAAGAACCUGUUGCCGCUGUUAAGAAGUCCGAAUUGCCCGCCGACGAGCCUACUCUCUGCAAUGACUGCAGUCCCGAGGAGACUACAACUGAGGAAGCCGCUGUCCAGAAGACCAAGGCCAGCGACGAGCCUGUUGAAGAAACCAACGCCACUGAAGUGACUAUCAAAGAGCCAACUGCGACGGAGACAACCGAAUCCGCCCCGGUUAAGGAGGCAACAGAGACGGUGAAGGAACCCGAAGCGGUGGCACCGGUUGCUGAAGAACCUGUUAAAACCGCGAUCGCUCAAGAGGACAAUACUGAGAAGAAGCUCGCUGAAGAGACAGUCUCUAAGGACGUGACAGUAGAGGAACCCUCUGUCGCUGAGAAAGUAGUUCCUUCGGAGCCCGCGACGGAGGAGCCUGUUUCAGAGCCGCAGACCAGUGAGGCGACUGAACGUGCUGAGCCGGAAGCCAGCAUUCAGGUACCUGCUCAAGAUGAAGUUGCCGAUGUGGCAGCGAUUGAAGAACAGCAGGAAGCCGUUGCUGAGCCCGUCACUAAGCCUGCCGCUGAGCCCGCCGCUGAGCCCGAGCCCGUUGAUGAGCCCGUUGAUGAGCCCGUUGAUGAGCCCGUUGAUGAGCCUGUUGCCGAGCCUGUUGCUGAGCCUGUUGCUGAGCCUGUCGCUGAGCCUAUUGCUGAACCUGCUGCUGAGCCCGUCACUGAGCCCAUCACUGAGCCCGUCACUGAGCCUGUCACUGAGCCUGCCGCUGAGCCCGCCGCUGAGCCUGAGCCCGUUGAUGAGCCUAUUGCUGAGCCUGCUGCUGAGCCUGCUGCUGAGCCUGCCGCUGAGCCCGUCACUGAGCCUGCCGCUGAGCCCGCCGCUGAGCCCGCCGCUGAGCCUGAGCCCGUUGAUGAGCCUGCCGCUGAGCCCGCCGCUGAGCCCGCCGCUGAGCCUGAGCCCGUUGAUGAGCCUGCCGCUGAGCCUGUCGCUGAGCCUAUUGCUGAACCUGCUGCUGAGCCCGUCACUGAGCCCAUCACUGAGCCCGUCACUGAGCCUGUCACUGAGCCUGCCGCUGAGCCCGCCGCUGAGCCUGAGCCCGUUGAUGAGCCUAUUGCUGAGCCUGCUGCUGAGCCUGCUGCUGAGCCUGCCGCUGAGCCCGUCACUGAGCCUGCCGCUGAGCCCGCCGCUGAGCCCGCCGCUGAGCCCGCCGCUGAGCCCGCCGCUGAGCCUGAGCCCGUUGAUGAGCCUGCCGCUGAGCCUGCUGCUGAGCCUGCUGCUGAGCCUGCUGCUGAGCCUGCUGCUGAGCCUGCUGCUGAGCCUGCUGCUGAGCCCAUCACUGAGCCCGUCACUGAGCCUGUCACUGAGCCUGUCACUGAGCCUGCUGCUGAGCCUGCUGCUGAGCCUGCUGCUGAGCCUGCCGCUGAGCCCGUCACUGAGCCUGCUGCUGAGCCUGCCGCUGAGCCCGUCACUGAGCCUGCCGCUGAGCCCGCCGCUGAGCCCGCCGCUGAGCCCGCCGCUGAGCCCGCCGCUGAGCCUGAGCCCGUUGAUGAGCCUAUUGCUGAGCCUGCUGCUGAGCCUGCUGCUGAGCCUGCUGCUGGGCCUGCCGCUGAGCCUGCCGCUGAGCCCGUCACUGAGCCUGCUGCUGAGCCUGCCGCUGAGCCCGUCACUGAGCCUGCCGCUGAGCCCGCCGCUGAGCCCGCCGCUGAGCCCGCCGCUGAGCCCGCCGCUGAGCCUGAGCCCGUUGAUGAGCCUGCCGCUGAGCCCGCCGCUGAGCCCGCCGCUGAGCCUGAGCCCGUUGAUGAGCCUGCCGCUGAGCCUGUCGCUGAGCCUAUUGCUGAACCUGCUGCUGAGCCCGUCACUGAGCCCAUCACUGAGCCCGUCACUGAGCCUGUCACUGAGCCUGCCGCUGAGCCCGCCGCUGAGCCUGAGCCCGUUGAUGAGCCUAUUGCUGAGCCUGCUGCUGAGCCUGCUGCUGAGCCUGCCGCUGAGCCCGUCACUGAGCCUGCCGCUGAGCCCGCCGCUGAGCCCGCCGCUGAGCCCGCCGCUGAGCCCGCCGCUGAGCCUGAGCCCGUUGAUGAGCCUGCCGCUGAGCCUGCUGCUGAGCCUGCUGCUGAGCCUGCUGCUGAGCCUGCUGCUGAGCCUGCUGCUGAGCCCAUCACUGAGCCCGUCACUGAGCCUGUCACUGAGCCUGUCACUGAGCCUGCUGCUGAGCCUGCUGCUGAGCCUGCUGCUGAGCCUGCCGCUGAGCCCGUCACUGAGCCUGCUGCUGAGCCUGCCGCUGAGCCCGUCACUGAGCCUGCCGCUGAGCCCGCCGCUGAGCCCGCCGCUGAGCCCGCCGCUGAGCCCGCCGCUGAGCCUGAGCCCGUUGAUGAGCCUAUUGCUGAGCCUGCUGCUGAGCCUGCUGCUGAGCCUGCUGCUGAGCCUGCUGCUGAGCCUGCUGCUGAGCCUGCUGCUGAGCCUGCUGCUGAGCCUGCUGCUGAGCCUGCUGCUGAGCCUGCUGCUGAGCCUGCUGCUGAGCCUGCUGCUGAGCCUGCUGCUGAGCCUGCUGCUGAGCCUGCUGCUGAGCCUGCUGCUGAGCCUGCUGCUGAGCCCAUCACUGAGCCCGUCACUGAGCCUGUCACUGAGCCCGUUGAUGAGCCUAUUGCUGAGCCUGCUGCUGAGCCUGUUGCUGAGCCUGCUGCUGAGCCUGCUGCUGAGCCUGUCACUGAGCCCGUCACUGAGCCUGUCACUGAGCCUGUCACUGAGCCUGUUGCUGAGUCUGUCGCUGAACCUGUUGCUGAGCCUGCUGCAGAGCCGACCAUCGCACCCGCGACUGAAAAGCAAAGCGAGGCUCACGAGGUUGAAGAGACUACCAGCAAAGCGAAGCCUGAGGCCGUCAAGGAACAUUCUACUGAGACAGCAGUAGAACCUGGGGUCAAUGGCGUGGUCAGCAAUAUUGGAGAGCUAGACCAACCUCCAAUUGGUGGAAAGGAGGCCGCUAAGGUUGAAUCCGAACCAGUAGCCUCCAAGGAACCCAAGGCCGAAGAGCCGGCCCCUACUUCUAAUGGUGACUCUUCGGUUGAGAAAGACGUCGAUUCUUCCUCUCAGCCUGCCCCUCCAGUUCAGGAUGCCAUCCCCGAGCCCACCGUGGAGCCCACCAAGGACACAGAAGAGAAAGACUCGAUUGUGCCUCCUGAGCUCGUUGGAGCUGGUGCUGCAGCUGCCAUCGCUGCCGGUGCUGUUGUUGCUGGAGUCGUCUCCAAGUCUCACAAAGAGCCUGAAGUCGUUGCUACACUUAAGGACGAUGUGAACAUUAAGGAACAAUCUCGGCCUAAUGACGACAAGCAGGAAAUUUCCCGCCUCGUACCUGCACCCCAGAUCGCCGAAUCCUCCACUUCGAAGGAGAUGCCCACGCCCGAACCUGAAAGUGAUCCUGCUCUCGUAGCACUUGCUGGCGACCGCGAAGCUUUGCUCCGAAAGCUGGAAUUGCCAUCCACAGAACAAUUGCCUGCGGAACCUACUUCCUCCACUAAGGAUAACCAGGCUGUGAAGCCAGCCGUUCACGACGAGCACGUCCCUUCGUCUAUCCAUGGCCCCUCCGUCGCGGGCGAGUCUCCUGCCCCUACCGAGAGCGAUGUGGGCAAGGCAGUUGCUCCCAAGAAUAACGAGGAGUCUCGUUCUCCCAGUCAAAAUCGGUCAGUCACUGCUGUUUCCUUGAACCAUAAGCGAGACAGCUGGUUGAGGACUAUUUUGCGUGCCGUCUUCGGCAAUUUCUUCGGCGCCAUCUUCUCGCCCUUCCGCCGUCGUGGAAGGACGAACCAGUAG